CGGUAGUAAAUUGAUGAUCGCAAUGAUGGUUCGUUCAAAACUGUUGAUUGUUGUUGCUUUAGUGGCCGUGGCUGCAGCCCAUGACCCUUCAGCCGUUGAUGUUCUACAAGACAUCUAUUCAACAUGCUUAAAGGAUCUAUCUUUAAAAUGUGCCAAGCCGAAGGCUCUUCACUGGAUAAGCAAAGUCGUCGACAAGGAACAAAUCAGGAUUACCCAGGACUUGGUUUUGUUGAAAAAGGAUAAUCCGGCUGAAGUUGAGGUUGGACGAGGUUUAGAAGAAGAUAUUUUCGAAAAGUUCGAGGACUUCCUGCAAACUCAUGAGUUGGUGGCUAAACCUCCAGCGAUCUUGAACCCCAACGGCCCACUUGGAAGCCUUGUGCCCCGCUCAUUUCAACCCGAAGAACUCAAAGUUCCUCUGGCUGUAACUGGUCGAUCAUCAAAAAUUGUAAAGAAGGUGAUUCUUCCAUUCCUGCUGGGUCUGAAAUUCAAAACCGCCGUUCUGGUUCCUCUGGCUUUGGCCUUGAUUGCUCUGAAAACAUGGAAAGCCCUCACCCUUGGACUUCUCUCCCUUGUGCUUACUGGGGCUUUACUAAUUUUCAAGCUUACCAAACCAAAGGCUGUGAAUUACGAAGUCAUUCACUACCCACAACACGUAGAUCAUCACGUUCUGGACCAUCACGUUCUGGACCAUCACGUUGUUGAUCAUCCACCAGUUUCCAGUGGCUGGGAACAUCCAGGAUACGGAAGAGAGUUGAAUGCCCAAGAAAUGGCCUACAACGCUUAUUCCGCCGAGUAAUUUAUUAAUUUAUUGAAUGUAAAUAGAGAAACCGCUAAAAACUUAAAUUAUUUUACCAAUAAAACCAUGAUUCAAAGUGUG